AUGAGCACACUACACGUGAGGACGUCAACCUGGCUAGCUGUCGUCCUGCAGCGAGUGGAAGCGGUUGUCGAGCGCUGCUCGCGAGGUGAGGUCAUGAGCACACUACACGUGAGGACGUUAACCUGGCUAGCUGUCGUCCAGCAGCGAGUGGAAGCGGUUGUCGAGCGCGAGCGGCUGGCGCGCGCUGCUCGCGAGCGAGUGGAAGCGGUUGGCGAGCGCGAGCAGCUAGCGCGCUGCUCGCGAGGUGAGGUCAUGAGCACACUACACGUGAGGACGUUAACCUGGCUAGCUGUCGUCCAGCAGCGAGUGGAAGCGGUUGUCGAGCGCGAGCGGCUGGCGCGCGCUGCUCGCGAGGAGACAUCAUGA